GGCACGUGGAUGCCGGAAAAAGCACACUUAUGGGACAUUUAUUGUAUUUACUUGGCGAAGUUAACGAAAGAACCAUGAAACAAUAUGAAAGAGAUUCUUCAAAAAUUGGAAAAUCAUCUUUUGCUUAUGCAUGGGUUCUCGACGAAACUGGCGAAGAACGAAACAGAGGCAUUACAAUGGACAUUGCUAUCAGGAGUUUCGAAACAAAAAAUCGCCGGUUUACUUUGUUAGACGCUCCUGGCCAUAGGGAUUUUAUCCCGAACAUGAUUUCAGGAGCUUCACAAGCUGAUGUUGCUAUUCUGGUGGUUGAUGCUACUGUCGGAGAGUUUGAAGCUGGUUUCGAAGCAAAUGGGCAAACCAAAGAGCAUGCAUUAUUAAUUAGAAGUUUAGGUGUCCAACAGCUAAUUGUUGCUGUAAAUAAAUUAGAUACUGUAGAAUGGUCAAAGGCUCGAUGCGACGAAAUAAUAGAAAAAUUGAGUGCUUUUAUUUG